AUGCAUAUCGCCUCUUUACUCUUUGCUGCCAGCCUCGCCCUGGCUCCUUCAUCUAUGGCUAAAAUUCUGUAUAGACGAUACGAUACAAACACUGGCUACUUCAGAGUGCCUGACAAUUACAAAUUCACUGGUGAUUGCGGACUGAAAUGGACAUCGGAUAAAUAUCUGGUCCUCGUGGCUCCGCAGCAAUAUAAGAACGGUACUUUGAAAAACUGUGGCAGGAACGUUGUUGUUCGCACCAAAUUUAACGAUACAACUAAAUCAGCGGUCGCAAAAGUUGUUGGCUAUUGUGGUGAUUGCCCGGAUCGCGACAUUGAUCUGAGUGCCUCUCUUUAUGACUUUCUUGCCCCGGAAGGUGUAGAUCCCAAGAAGACACCGCUCAUGAACGGCACAUGGGACUGGUUGGGAGUUCCAUUCAACUCAACAUGA